UGAAGGACUAACACAACUUCCAAAAGUCAUGCUACAGCGGUCUGAAAAUGAGAUAAUUUUACACUACAACGCUCUUACACACAAAACAUAUUUGGAAUAACAAGGAAACACGAAAGUGAUACCAUAACAACAUUAUCUGCUUGUUUUUAUUUUGCAUUUAUUAAUUAUUCGUAUUUGAUACGUUAAUCUUUUUGGUCCAAUUAAUGUGUUGAUGUGUUUUGAAGAGGUUUAUUGCAUGAGUGACCCUUCCACUGCUACCGCAUCAUAAAAUUUAUUUUGAAGCUAAUGUUUGGAUAAUGUUUAUUAGAGUGCGUGAUUUAUGCAAACUCUGCUCGAAAUUUCUGACUAAUGAUAAUAGAAUAUAACGGCUCCUAGGGUGCCCAUUUCACGGGAAAAAAUCGCAUUAUUCAAACGAAUUUACGACAGUAAAUACUAAAAGUAAAUGCUACCUUAAUAUUUGGCUCCGAUAAAGAAUCUGAUUAAUUUGAUCGGAAUUUCCGAAUAUGUUUUCGUAUUAACUUGAUACGUGCGUUUUGAUGAUGUAUGCAAACUCGGCUUCGAGUUUCCGAGUAAUGAUAAUAAAACGAAAUGACCUGAGGUGCUUAUUUUACAAGAAGCGUAUUCCAGGAACAGUGUCCGCCGACUUUUAGUGCAAAUUGGGUAAAUUGCAAGCGCACAUAAUCGUAAAAUAUUGUCCAAAGUCUCGAUAAGAGCGACGUUUAAUAAAUUCGCGUAUUUAAUGGCCCCGGUGCAAAUCCGUCCCGAUUUUAUGGGACCGGAUAAUAACACCGCAAUGCCGUGGUGGUAAAAAUCCUCGACAAAUUACAAUACUUCCAUACGUGUUUAUGCUUCCUCCUGAAAUACGAGAUCAGACAGUUCGGGAGAUGAAUGGACCACAAUGAAUGCGCUUUAACAAAUAAAGAGACACCACAGGCUCAGUCGAUCCGUUGGCGCGACUUCGAAAGCACUACGCGUACGGGAAUCUCGCACAAACACGCGAUUAUUUUUUAAAAUGCAGAAAAUGCAACGGUUGUGUGAGUGUGUAUCCGGUCUGACUCUAAAUUAAGCAAUUUUCGCCGGAAAAAUGGCAUGUAUAUGGCAAACAUUGCCUUAAUUCAGUCGAAAUCCAGGAAUUUGUCGUAAAUCGUCGGCGCGUCCUUUCCAAACUAACGAUAAUGUGUAAGAAAUAAUCACAAAAUGUGGAUCGCCGAUUUGAGAAUAGUGCUGGGCUUCUGCAUCUGUACGGCUUUGGCCUACCAAGGAUCCAAGCAGGAUUACAUCAAAUGGCGGGAGCGGUUCCUUCCGAAGAGGCCGACGACGACGGAGAGUGCAGUGACUAGUGCAAACGAUAUCCACUACGAAAAUCUGAAAUUGAGGCACCAUUCGCGCUUCCCGAAUUUGGACAGAGUUCUGGUCAAGAUAGACAAUUUGCAGAAGAAGAACGACGUGCAGCCGGUUCAUAAUAGGAUUAGGCACCAGAACGUGUACAAGACCACCACCACGACCACCACCACGACUGACGAAGGCCUUUUCGGCGACGAUUAUUCCGAUCCGGAGUACGAAGAUGACAACAACGAUGAGCUCAAUGACUACGACGAGUGGGACGACGAGAAUUUCGAUGAUUACGACGACGAAACCUUCGACAGUGACGACCCUUUCGCCGACGAAUGGCAAAACGAAGAAGCCACCGAGCCCCCAGCUCCUGUCUCUUCUUUCACCAAAUACAAGUGGGACAAUUACGGCACUCGCUCAAGGGUUGAAGAAAGCAGACGGCAGCAGCUUGAUCUCAAGCCCCAUAACGAAGGAAGAGCAAUAAACGCCGCAUUGGAGCACUACGCGAAGGUCCGCCAAGAAGGCCAAUGUCGCAAACCAUUACCAAAAGUGAUCUCAGUCCAAAGCGAACAUCCCGAUCCUAGCAAAACCUACACUCCUCAUUGCACCAUCCUGCAUCGUUGCGCCGAAGACACAGGAUGUUGCGCUAACCACACGACCAGAUGUGGGCCCAAAACCCAAGUCCUCGUUCACCUUUACUUUUACGCGAAAACCUUAGGCGUGCCCGGAACCAAAGUAGAAAAGUUGACUUUUUACAAUCACACGGAAUGUGCUUGUAUCGAAAAAUCGAAAGGGCCGACAACACUACCCGAUGAAAAUAUUAACUUGACUCACGGACUAUCCCUCAAGCAGGGCUCCGAACCGGAAAACAUGCGAAACUGCAAAUGCCCGGAGGAGUUCACCCCGAAAUUCCGGUACGAUUCCAGAUGCAGUUGCGAUUGCGAGGAGUAUAAUCAGGACUGCAUCAGGAUGAAGAAGGGGAAGGAGUACUUCAGUCUCACUGACAGAAGGUGCAUCAUCGAGAACCAAUGCGGAAUUCCGGUUUGCGAGUAUGGGGUUUACAUGCGCCAUAUGGGUCGCUGCCAACGAAAACAGGAGAAAUUCGAUAGUUUUAGCAAAAUGACCGUGAAAUGAAUCGUAUUAUUAAAUUUAGUGUAAUUAAAGCAAUUUUGCCAGUGAUAUAUUAGUGAAUUUAUUUGACGGUGACUUUAAUUUGUGUGAAAUGUGGGUUUCCGCAAUUCGGAGCGCACUGAAUUGGCGGAAAUUUACAAGAAUUCGUGUACGGUGCAUGUGUUUAUUGUAUAAGUGUCUUUUUUUUAUUGUACCCGAAACCUAGUCUUUAGGUCAAAUUAGGUGCUGUAUUUAAAAGCUUCGAUGAUUAAUAUAACUGUCUCAAGGAA